AUGGAAAACAAUUCUCUUCCCAUGGAUCCAUCAAUGGAUUCUUCAUCAUUCAUGGACGGAUUACUUCUAGAAGGUUGCUGGUUAGAGACAACAGAUGCAUCAGAGUUCCUCAAUUUCAGUCCUUCAACAUCUGUAACACCUUUUGAUCCUUCUUCCUUCAUGUGGUCUCCAACGCAAGAAAACACAGCAACAAUCUCUUCAUCAACCUUAUCUCAGAUGUACGGUCAGGAUGCUGCAGAAAGAUCAAGUCUUGAGGAUCAAGGGAAAGAUCUCUCUACCCUUAGUAAUAACAGACGGUGGUGGAUUGCACCAACUGGUCAUGGCUCUACGGUUAUGGAGAGACUGAUUCAAGCAGUGAAACACAUUAAAGACUUCACAAGUGAGAGAGGAGAAGGAUCUCUUAUACAGCUGUGGGUUCCUGUGGAUAGAGGUGGGAAGAGAGUUUUAACCACAAAGGAACAACCUUUUAGCCAUGAUCCAAUGUGCCAAAGGCUUGCUCAUUACAGAGAGAUCUCUGUGAAUUACCAGUUCUCUGCUGAGCAAGAAGAUUCAAGCUCCAAGGACUUGGUUGGUUUGCCUGGAAGGGUUUUCUUGGGACAGGUUCCUGAGUGGACUCCUGAUGUUAGGUUUUUCAAGAACGAGGAGUAUCCGAGAGUGCAACACGCUCAAGACUGCGACGUUCGUGGCACGUUAGCUAUUCCUGUGUUUGAGCAAGGUAGUAAGAUCUGCUUAGGUGUGAUUGAGGUUGUGAUGACCACACAGAUGGUUAAACUGAGACCUGAUCUUGAAAGCAUCUGCAGAGCACUUCAGGCAGUUGAUCUUAGAAGCACAGAAGUUCCAAUUUCACCUUCUCUAAAGGGACCUGACUUCUCCUACCAAGCUGCAUUACCUGAAAUCAGAAACCUCUUGAGAUGUGCUUGCGAGACUCAUAAGCUACCAUUAGCACAAACAUGGGUCUCUUGUCUAAAACAGAGCAAAACCGGUUGUCGUCACAACGAUGAGAAUUACAUCCACUGCGUGUCCACAAUCGAUGAUGCUUGCUACGUUGGUGAUCCUACAGUCCGAGAGUUCCACGAAGCUUGCUCUGAGCAUCAUCUCUUAAAAGGUCAAGGAGUAGUUGGAGAAGCGUUUUUGACCAAUGGUCCUUGCUUUUCAUCUGAUGUCUCCAGCUACAAGAAGUCUGAGUACCCUCUCUCUCACCACGCAACUAUGUUUGGCUUUCACGGCACUGUCGCUAUACGCUUACGCUGCAUCCACACAGGCACAGCUGAUUUCGUCUUGGAGUUUUUCUUGCCUAAGAAUUGUAGGGAUAUAGAGGAACAGAGGAAAAUGUUGAAUGCUCUUUCUACUAUAAUGGCGCAUGUGCCAAGAAGCUUAAGGACAGUCACUGAGAAGGAGCUAGAAGAAGAGGGAGACUCAAUGGCCAGCGAGGUCAUGACAUUGCCAAAGAUAGAGAACACAUCUGAGGUACUUCAAAGUAACAGUAAUAAUCCUCAAAAUGUAUUUGAUGGAGGAACAUCAAAGAUGGGAGAGCUAGGCUUUGACUAUGGCAAAGGAUUGAGUGUGAAUGAGAACAGCACUUUCUCUAAUGCUGUUGGUUUCAAUAGAACGGCUGAGAAGAAGCGAACGAAAGCCGAAAAGAACAUAACUUUGGAUGUUCUUCGACAGUAUUUCGCAGGGAGUCUCAAAGAUGCUGCCAAGAGUAUUGGUGUUUGUCCAACGACGUUGAAGAGAAUAUGUAGACAGCAUGGGAUACAGAGAUGGCCAUCAAGAAAGAUCAAGAAAGUUGGCCAUUCGCUUCAGAAGAUCCAACGAGUGAUUGAUUCUGUUCAAGGCGUUUCUGGUCAUCAUCUUCCUAUAGGCUCUUUCUAUGCGAACUUCCCAAUUCUUGCUUCUUCACAAGAAGCAGCAUCUUCAUUACAGCAACAAUCCAAGAAAACGACAUUCUUGUCUUCUCCUCCACAUUCACAGCCUGGAAAAUCCCCUGCCUCCUCGUGUAGUCACAGCUCGAGCUGUUCCAGUGAGACACAAGUAAACAAGGAGGAUCCUACUACGGAUAAGACCAGACAAGAGACAGUGACGACUUUCUCAAGAUCUUUUAAGGAAACGCAGGUCACACAGUUGUCACCAUCAACAACAUCAUCACAAGAGGAGGAUUUUCUGAGGAUAAAGGUAAGCUAUGAGGAGGAGAAGAUACGGUUUAGGAUGCGAAACUCGCGUAGCUUGAAAGAUCUAUUGUGGGAGAUAGCGAAACGGUUUAGUAUAGAAGAUGUGAGCAGAUAUGAUCUGAAAUAUUUAGAUGAAGACAAUGAAUGGGUUUUGCUGAGAUGUGAUGAUGAUGUAGAGGAAUGUGUAGAUGUUUGCAGAUCUUUCCCUGGACAAACCAUUAAGCUUUUGAUUCAGCUCUCUUCUCAGUAUCUCCCUGAACGUUCUUCUGCUAGUGGAUGCCCUUCUUGA